CCCCGGGCGUCGGCGCCGCGCCGGCGCGCGCGGCCGGCGCUCGCGGCCGCGCUGGCCGCGGGCGCGAGCGCGGUACUGAUCGCGCUGGCGCGGCGGCGCUCGGGCGCGGCGGCGUGGUGCGGCGGCGGGCUCCACGCGCGGGGCAGGCGAGGCGCCUUCCAUGGCCCGGCGGUCACGCGGAGCGCCGCGGGCGCCGCCACGGCGGCGCCCACCUGGGAGCAGCUCGAGGCGGAGCUGCCGCUGGGCCACGGGGCUGCGGCGGAGGCCCCCUUCUGGCCCCCCCCGAUCGACGGCUGGUGCCCCUUCUGCGAGCGCGUGUGGCUGGCGCUGCGCGAGAAGGGCAUAGCCUACGACGAGGUGCUCAUCAACUUGUACGACAAGCCGAAGUGAGGAGAUGGUCCCGACCAAUUUGGUGCCCGCGGUGAAGCUGAAGGGAAGCGGCGAUGUGGUCUGGGAGAGCGAGGCGAUCCUGAGGCGCUUGGACGACGAGUUUCCAGACACGCGCCCCAUGUUUGCCGACGAGGGGAAAGUCUUGCUGGCCGGCAACAUCACCCAGCGUCUCGUGAACACGAGCUUCGGGCUGGCGUACAGAUCGACGGAGAACAUGACCGACGAUGAAAUCGCAGAGGCGAGGUCGGGCCUCGUCGCCGCCGUAGAUGCCCUCGAUCAGCACCUCGCCGCGGGGGGGCCCUUCCUGGCGGGCGACCAGGUCACUGCUGCGGACGCGAUGGCCGUGCCGAUGCUGGAGCGGUACGGCGUGCAGAUGCCCUUCUUCGCUGCACAGCUCAGCAUCCGCGACCCGGCCCGGUGGCCGUCGCUGGCGCGGUGGUUCGACGCCAUGGAGGCCCUGCCGUCCUACGGCGGCAGGGUCGCGGGGGACGCCUACUCCUGGACCCCAGACCGCGGUCGCCCCGGUGCUCAUGCGCAUCUUCGGCGGCAAGAACGGCACCCUCGCGGGCGGCGCCGCCGCGCGCGCCGCGGCGGCCGAGCGGGCCGCCGGCGAGCUGCUGGCGCGGGCCCAGGCCUCCAGCGGCGCGGCCCUGGCCGCGGCGCCCGUGGAGGCGCGCGCGGAGGCUGCGGCGAAGCUGCUGGCCAACCGCGCGGCCGUGGUCGCGGACGCCGUGCUGGCCGAGCCGAAGAGCCAGAAGGAUCGCUGAAGCGCCUGGCGCCGGAGAAGGCGCCCGCGGUCGACGCCGCGCUUCGCGCGGUGGCCGCGGCGCUGCUGGCCGGGGCGCCCCCGGUACUGCCACGGGCGGCCGCCGACGGCGCAGAGGUGGACCGCGCGGACGUGGCGCAGGCGUGCCACUACGUCGCGGCGCGGCUGUGCGUGCCGAGGGACAUGGGGGCGCCCGCGGCCGCCGCCCUGCGCGCCGCGUUGCUGAGCCUCGCGGCGGCGGCCGAGGGCGGAACAGCAGCCUGAGGCUGGGUGCGAGCGAGCGUGCCUUGCGCGAGGAGCGCACGGCGAUGGCAGGCGGAUCUGCCGGCGCUCGCGGCCAGCCCUCCUCGUCUCGGGGAUCCCGUUCGGGCGGAGAAUUCGGUCGAUGCCUCCCCCCUUUCGUCCCUCCCUGUCGUCCCCCCUCGUCGUCCUCCACAGCUAGCCGGGAGGACGGAGCUGGCGCUGGUGACCUAGCCGGGUGCUCGAGCGGGGGCGGCUGCUGCGAGGACGCCCGUGCGGGGCGGGGCCUCGGCGCCGUCUCGGCGUGGGCGCUCGGGUUGGCUGUCUAGACAGCAGCAGUGAUCUAGACAGCAGUGUUUUCCGUGCGAGCUGCCACGUGCGGGGCGGUGGUUGGCACAGUUUUCUCGCGCGGCGGGUCCGGUUUCUCCCGCCUCUCCUCCUGCCCGCUCUCUGCGUCCACCUGCACUCCCUCCCAUUCCCUCGUGGGCCACCGGGCGCUCCGCGCCGCCUCCUCCUGCUCCUGCUUGUGUCCUCCUGCUCAUUUGUGAAGCACGAUGCAUCCAUCUGUUUCUCCUCUUCCAGAUCGUAGCCACGCAGGCUCAGCUCCUGCGCCCGCUGUGGCCGCGCCGCUGCCUCGCGGCACCGCCUUCCUUCGGCCGAUGUGGGAGGACAGGCUUGCCCAGCUGCCGCGCGGACCGGAAUGAUGUGACGACUGCUCGCUCUCGCAUUGAUGCGCUUCGUAGGCUGGAAUUUUCUCGCAUGCAACAGAGAGGACAGACUGCUGGUGUUAACGGAGGAGCUUGAAACAUACACAUCAUUAUCUUGAUUGGCUGAGAAAACAGCGUGCGUCGGCGGUGAGGUCCAGGGCGGUCUUUUUCGGCUACAUACGCAAGGACGACAUGUUCAAACGUCGUGCGGGAUCACAACCUUGUUGCGCAAGGACACCAUCAUGAUCAAUCGUGCAGUACGAACGUAGAGUGGAACGCCAGGUCUUCGUGGUCGGUUCGGGGCCUUCCGAUUCAGAGGACACAGCUUCGAUAUCACCAUUACAUCAUGAAAUUGUUGCUCAAGAUCAAGAGACCCACGCGAGCGGGGCCGCCUCGAAAACACAACCGACAAACUCAUGAGGACGACGGACAGGGUUUGUAUCAACACCUCCGCCAAUUCGAUGCCCACCAUCACCACGGACGCCGGCGACGGUAUCGGACAACAGCGUGACUGGGUGACAACUGCACACCAUCGGGUCGACGGC